GCAGCACAUGAACAAAUGGCAUGCCAUGAAAGAUUGGAAAUGUCACGUUCGUUUGAAUUUACAUGAUAUAUGUUGCAUGUCAAGUAUCUUAGUCAAACAAGCCUCGUCUCACAGUCUAACUUGCUUACCAGGUACCGAGGUUAUAAAUAGGCCAGACCAAAUACUUCAUCAUGCAGAUCACACAAAACACAGACCAACAAUAUACUCUCUCUCUCUCUCUCUCUCUCUCUCUCUCUCUCUCUCUCUCUCUCUCUCUCUGUUUUUCAAUUGUCCAAUACCAACAUGACAACCAAGUUUUUCAGUUUGCUGCUUCUUUUGCUGAGCUCCACAUUCAUUGCAGUAAGUGCUCGACCUUUCAAUAUCAUGAAGCACAGAAACUCUGAUCGUAGAGCAAUUGGAGGUUUCUUUGAUGGUUUAUCUCUUGAAGCCAUCAAAGAAUCGGGCCCUAGCCCAGGUGUGGGGCACCAGUUUACCAAUCAACAAACCCUUGGAGGGAUUAAAAGUUCAGGCCCAAGUCCAGUCACAGGAAACAAAUUCACAAAUGUGGAGACUCUUGGAGGCAUUAAGGAUUCCGGUCCAAGUCCUGGUACUGGACACAAAUUCCCAGAUGUUAAGACUCUUGGAGGGAUUAAGGAUUCCGGCCCAAGUCCUGGUACAGGAAACAAAUUCACAAAUGUUGAAACUCUUGGAGGGAUUAAAGAGUCAGGCCCAAGCCCUGGUGCAGGAAACAAAUUUACAGAUAACACCCAUCAAUGAAUAUUCGUGAUCAUCUCAAUAGAAACUAGAAAUAUUCAUUAUGUAUUUUCUUAUUUACAUUUUUUUGUUGAUUUGAUUUAUAUUUAUGCUCCAUGUAUCUUCGAGAUAAGAUAAUUUAUGUUCAUGUCAUUUCAUUUUAUAUUUUUAUCGCAAAUUUUUCUUUAUCAUGUAAGUAAGUUUCCAUACAUAUUCCAACUUUUAUACAACAGAGCUCAU